AUGCUGGCUUAUAUUUUAUACACCGCUUUGUCGGGCUUGGCCGUCCUUCCGUUUUUACUGUACUGGCGAAAUCGCUACUUGCUGCACGAUCUGCGAUAUGCGAUCACCGCCGUCGGAAUCGCCAGACGGCUCUUCCGAUCCUCCACCGAGAAACCCUUUCGCAGCAUUCUCGACCGCUUCCUGCAGAGCGCGGCCGAACGGCCGCACAAGACCUUUCUGGCGUUCGAGGAGAGCAGCUACACGUACGCGCAAGCCGACCGGGAGAGCAACCGCGUGGCCGCGGCGCUGUCGAGCGCGCUGGAGCCGGGAGACGCGGCGGCCGUGUUCGUGGGCAACGAGCCGAUGUUCGUGUGGCUCUGGCUCGGCCUCGCCAAGCUCGGAUGCACCGCCGCUCUGCUCAACUGCAACGUCCGCUCCAAAUCUUUGCUGCACUGCUUCUCGUGUUGCGACGCCAAGGUUCUGCUCGCGGCGGCCGAGCUACGAGGGGCCGUCGAGGAGGUGCUGCCUAGCCUGAAGCGGCAGGGCGUCCGUGUGUUCGUCCUCGGCGAGGGCGACGCGCCCGAGGGCACGGAGUGUCUCUCGGACAAGAUUCGCCGGGCCUCCGACCGACCUCCGUCGCCCGAGCUGAGGGCCGACGUUAGCCCGAAGAGCCCCGCGCUCUACAUUUACACCUCGGGAACCACAGGGCUUCCCAAGGCAGCAGUUAUUAACCACGAGAGGAUCUGGAUGGCAAGUUUUCUUCAGUCUGUUGCCGGCGUACGCUCAGACGAUGUCAUCUACAUCUGCCUGCCCCUUUACCACAGUUCGGGCUUUCUCAUGGGAUUGUGUGGCGCCAUAGAAAAAGGUAUCACAGUUGUAUUGAAACGUAAAUUCUCCGCAUCGAACUUCUGGAAUGACUGCAGGAAGUACAAUAUUACGGUUAUUCAGUACAUAGGAGAGAUUAUGCGAUACCUCUGCAAUACAUCGCAGAGAGACAAUGACAAAGAUCACAAAGUCAGAAUAGCUAUAGGAAACGGGAUACGAGCCGAUACCUGGGUCGAUUUCCUCCGACGGUUUGGGAACGUUUGCAUCUGCGAGUGCUACGGAGCCACGGAAGGAAAUGUGGGCUUUGUCAACUACGUCGGGAAAAUUGGUGCUAUCGGAAAAGAACAUUUCCUCCACAAAAUGGGGUGCCCCUAUGCCCUGAUAAGGUACGACACAGAGAAAGAAGAGCCAGUCAGAGACUGCAGAGGAUUUUGCAUUGAAGUGCCCAUAGGAGAGACUGGUCUGUUGGUGUCCAAGAUCGGUGCGAGGACCCCUUUCUCGGGCUACGCCAACAACAAGCAGCAGACUGAGAAGAAGAAGCUGAGGGAUGUGUUUGUGACGGGAGAUGUCUAUUUUAACAGCGGUGAUCUCCUAAGGAAAGACCACGAGGGUUUUGUCUUCUUUCAAGACCGCAUUGGAGACACUUUCAGAUGGAAAGGAGAAAAUGUAGCCACCACAGAGAUAGCCGAUCAUUUGCUCAUGGUGGACUGCAUUGAAGAGGUGAAUGUCUACGGUGUGAAGGUGCCAGGACACGAGGGAAGAAUUGGAAUGGCAGCGCUGCCUUUGAAAGAAAACAUGGACUUUGACGGGAAAGCUGUGUAUCAACAUGUCAAAAGCUACCUUCCUAGCUAUGCAAGACCCCGCUUUAUUCGCAUUCAGAAUGCACUGGAGGUGACCGGGACGUUCAAGCAGAUGAAAGUGAAGCUGGCUGAGGAGGGCUUCAACCCUAGCGUCAUCGAGGAUCGUUUGCUUUUCCUGGAGGACAACCAAGGCUACGUCCCCAUGACUCAGGAGAUGUUCAGCUCCAUAGCAGAGGGAAGAAUCAAACUGUGA